CUUCAUUUGUAUAUUCACAAAUUCUACACAUUCUUAUGUAUAUAAGUGAGAAUGUUUUUCUGGUUAUAUUCUGUAUUUUACUAUGUGCCAUACGUGUGCAUAAGCAUAGAAAUACAUUUAAAUAUGUAUGAGGUGGUUCACUAAUAUGUAUGGAUUGUGUCUCACAUUAUGCAUUUGUUUUGAGGCUGUUAAUUGAUAAGUCAAUGCUAAGGUUUUUUUUAUUUAACUCAUUGAUACACUAAAUGAAGUUUUAACCUAUCAGGUAUCUCCAGCCGCCUUAAAUAGGUUAGCAGGUGUUUUAACUGUAGCUAUGAUUACGCCUUGACAGGCGAAACAUGUCAGCAGCAGUACUUUUCUAGUCAAUGCUACAUUUGUGACUAUUUGUGAUCGUGUACUCACAGACUUUUUAACCAGAAUAAAGUCGAGUUAUGUUUGGAAACAGCCGUCUGCAUCUCUUCGUUUCUUUUCUAACUGAAUGACAGAACUGAGAGAAAACUUCCAAAUAACAGAUGAAGGGCGAGUGUCAACUUUUGAGCUGGAAACAGAGAGGCAAAAAGUGGGGAAAAAUAAUUAUGUUUAAAAGGACCACAAGACUUCCAAGUUACCUCCCCAGUUAGGAAUUAUUCAAAACUUCUUAUGAUUAUGGACAGACAUUGGAGUCAUAAAAUAAGUUUAUAUCAGAAAGCUCUCAAUAUGGAUGUGAGCUAACCACGACUGAUGUUACUGGCAAUGACUAUAAUACUGGUGCGAUAUGGCUGAUCAGCUGGAUGGCAAUUACUGGAAUUCAGGUGGAAUGGCUUUGUGCGCGGGAAAAUUAUUAGAAUGAAAACAAAUUAAUAUUUAAUAAAACAUUUUUACCAAAAAAUGGAGGGGAGGAAGACAAACAGUGAUGUAAGCCCAUCUGAAGGAAUUAGGAAAACUACUACAAAGAGACAGGUUGGCUGGUGCUAUAGUGAGUCGAGGUGUAUAAUAAACAGUGGUCUAAUGAAGAGUACAUGAGCAUGCGGAAGUUUAUUGCCCUUCCAUUUGGUCUUGCCACGGCUCCCAGAAUAUUCACAAAGGUCCUGGGAGCACUAUUGGCAGUGAUCAGAUCCCAGGAAAUUGCAGUGGCGCCUUAUCUAGACCAGUGUUUCUCAACCUAAGUGACCUCAAGGCCCGAUCUGAAGAUUUCUAUGCUGUGGAAAGAGGGAGCUCCCCAGGAGAUCUCAGAAAGGAGAUUUGGGUUAUUUAUCGAAAGCUCAACUAAAUCAUCUGAUUUACGUGACGGAGAGAAUAAAAGCACAUCAGAUCUGCUGCUUACAGCGUCACUCAGCACGAUGACGGCCACAGCUCAACAGACAACCAAGGCCCAGCCAGUCCAUCUCCCAGCAUCCUCUGCAGCCACAAACCCCGUCCCUGGAGCGCCCAUUGACCCUCAGGCGCAGCUAGAAGCUGACAAGAGGGCUGUCUACAGGCACCCUCUCUUCCCGCUCUUGACGCUGCUUUUUGAGAAGUGCGAGCAGGCGACACAGGGUUCCGAGUGCAUCACCUCUGCCAGCUUUGAUGUAGAUAUUGAAAAUUUUGUCCACCAGCAGGAACAGGAGCACAAACCGUUUUUUAGCGAAGACCCUGAGCUUGACAACUUGAUGGUAAAAGCAAUUCAGGUCCUGCGGAUCCACUUGCUGGAACUAGAGAAGGUGAAUGAGCUGUGCAAGGACUUCUGCAACCGCUACAUAACCUGCCUAAAAACCAAAAUGCACAGUGAUAACCUGCUCAGGAAUGACUUAGGAGGUCCGUAUUCCCCAAACCAGCCCUCUAACAGCCUACACCCGCAGGAUAUGCUACAAAAUUCCCCCAACUCGCUGAGCAGUUUAUCCAGUACCCCACAGGGGAUUGUGGUCCCGGCCUCAGCAUUACAACAAGGAAACAUUUCAAUGACGACGGUCAACUCUUCGCAAGUUGUAUCAGGUGGGGCAUUAUAUCAGCCGGUUGCCAUGGUAACUUCGCAGGGUCAGGUAGUAACUCAAGCAAUUCCUCAGGGAGCCAUACAGAUCCAGAACGCACAGGUUAACCUGGAAUUGAGCUCUCUGCUUGACAGUGAAGAUAAAAAGUCUAAGAACAAGCGCGGAGUCCUUCCAAAGCACGCAACGAACAUAAUGCGCUCUUGGCUAUUCCAGCAUCUGAUGCACCCAUACCCAACAGAAGAUGAGAAACGACAAAUAGCCGCACAGACGAACCUCACACUUUUGCAAGUAAACAACUGGUUCAUCAAUGCCAGGCGGCGCAUUUUACAGCCUAUGCUGGAUGCCAGCAAUCCAGACCCAGCGCCAAAAGCGAAGAAGAUAAAGUCCCAGCAUCGGCCAACUCAAAGGUUCUGGCCCAAUUCAAUUGCAGCAGGAGUGCUCCAGCAGCAAGGUAUUUUACCUGGCACUAAUCCUGACGGUUCCGUCAAUAUGGACAACCUGCAGUCCUUGUCAUCGGAAGCACUCACAAUGCAACAAGCAAUGAUGGCUGCACACGACGACUCCCUGGAUGGGACGGAGGAAGAUGAAGAUGAGGAAGAUAUGGAGGAGGAUGAUUUGGAGGAGGAUGGCGAGGAUCUUCAGACGACAAAUGUUAAUGACCUUGGUUUGGAACACAGUGAUUCCCUGGAGUAGUUGCAGACAUACUUCAUAUUGUGCACACAGCCGGGACUGUCUUCUUAAUACAUUACUCUUCCCUUUUAUUUCUGUAUGGAACAGAUUUUGCAUUUAUUAACUUUUCAAGCUGAGCAGCCUAAAUCUCUUGGGCGGAAGAACAAAAUACAUUUCUCUGCAUACAGGCUGAAAUGGCCAAAGUGGAGCACACGCUACGCACUUUUGCAUAAAAAAAUAAAAUAGGUUUUCUUCUUUUUCUCCAUAAACCAUGAGGAUGUCAAAGCUGGAUCUAUUCAUAUCGUAAAACGCGUCGCUGUUAGGCCAUUUGGCCACUAUUGCAGUGACCUGCUUAAGUUUGUGUCAUAGAGCGCUGGAAACAAACGACCUACGGACACAGCAAUUAUGCAGUCUUUUUAUUUAAUGAAGGACACGUGUUUACAGAGCCACAUAUUGUGGCCAUAUUGUUUUAUUUUGUUUGUUUUUUAAAAAACUUAACAUGUUUUUAGGCAAAGCUUUUCUUCUGUAUUAUGACUGAAUGCAAUUUGGAUGUUCGGGUUUUACGAUGUGUGUAUGUACAUAUAUGUAUGUGUGUGUAAGUGUGUGUAUAUACACUCACACAUGUAACACAGAAGGAGGUUGAGACUAUAACAGUCGCUUCAUUUUAGAAAAGUUAAAAAGAUUGUGUGUAAAAUUAUUGAACUGCAUCCCCUGAUGUUUCAAAACAUGUAAUAUCAGACUCAUCUAUUUUGGCAAGUAAACUGUUUUAUGAAAUUUCCACAUAAACAGAGUAUGAAAAUGCUAAA